CUGUUUACCUUUGCCUCCCAGAGUGCUAGGGUUACAGGUAUGCACCACCAUGCCUGGCUCUAAAGGUGACUUUUUAAUUGCCAUUUUCAUAGUAUGAAAAUGGUAGUGAUUUGUCAUGAGAACCCAUGGAACUUUGGACAUUUUAAAGUAUUUUACAGAAUAAGUUAAAUUGCAAAUUAAAACUCCAACUUUGAUAUUGGUACUGUUCAUGGUCCAACAUGAUAAUGCAUGCCAAUAAUCUAAGCACUUGGGAGGUAAAGGCAGAAGGAUGAUAAGUAUGAGCCUAGCCUGGCAUACAAAAGCCAGUGAUAAACAAAAUACAUUAAAACAAACAAACAAACCAAAACCCUUUGUCUCCCAAGAGACAAAUAAGAUAGCAUUGUUGGAGUGCCCAUCCUUGACCACCCUCAUUCGAACAGGUUAUAAUUUGAAAGCUCAAAACUAAUUUCUGUGAUGAUUAUUCUGUUUAAAAACCAACCCACUUCCUCAGCAGACUAGUCCUCAACAACUUUUUAUAUUAACACUUGGGAGACAGGAUGGAGUAGGCAGGAGCCUUAGAAGAGUGGAGUUGGCAGGGUGUGGUGGUGUACACCUUUAAUCCCAUCCCUUGGGAGGCAGGAACAGCUGUAUCUCUGUGAGUUCUAAGCCAGCCUGGUCUACAUAUGGAGUUCCAGGACAGCCAGAGCUACAGAGUGAGACCCUGUGUAGAAAGAAGAAAGAAAAAAAAAAAAGAAAGGUGGUAUUGCUCAGGCUGAUAACAUACUUGCCUAGCAUGAAGCACAUGCUAGCAUUUCAUAAAUGGGGCAUGAUGGCCCUAGGGUCAUAAGUUCAAGGUCAUCCUCAGCUAGCAAGUUCAAGGGUAGCCUGGAGACCUUGUCAAAAAAAAAAAAAGAAAAAAAGAAAAAGAAAAAAAAAUGCUACUGCUAAAAUUUCACCAGAUAGAGUUUUGCUCAGUAAACAGUAGACCCUGGGAAAUGUAACAGGUUCUGAAAACUUAUUUUUGAUGACUGGAAGUCAAAGAAACAGCCAGCUGAAUCAGUUCCCUCCCAGUCUGUGGUUUAGCCUACUUAUCUCAAGUUGGGGGUAAUGGUCCAACUGUUUUUCUUUAGUUCUAGAGAAUUCUAUCUUGGCCAGGCUUCAUUUGUUCAUUCUACUUCCAGACAGACACCUCUGUCUUUACCCCCCCCCCCCAAACCAGAGUACAUUAGAAGGAAGGCUUCGAAUUAAAGCCCAUAAAGGGCUUCACAACUGUAGGGUGUUCAGCAUUCCACGAGGAGCCCGUGGGGUGGAGCCAGGGCAAAGGUCAUAGUAAACAGCCUGUAGCAAAUUUUCUGCAUGUACAUCAACUAAGUAGUCCCAAAUGCAUAAUACUAUAGUCCUAUUUUCUGUGCUUUUAUCUUCAGAAUUGUGGUGGUGAAGGUGGUAUGUGUGUGUCUUUCUGAAGAGGUGUCCAAAGGCAGAGAACAAGUCCCUUUUGGAACCUAAGUAGAAACUGGCUUACUUGCUGGAAACAUGUCAGCUGCUUUAUGGAGGAAGCACAGCUGAGGCCUGGUUUCUCUGGGCUCUGUGAUAACUUGGGCCAAGGCAGUGUGGUGGCUUCAGGAGCCCUGGGGAUGGAGAGAGCCUCUCAGGAGGACCCGUGCUUUUCAGAGUUGAAACAGGAGCCCUCUGAGAGAAAGAGAUAUUGCAUGUGGCUUCCCUGACGCCUUGAAGGGAGCCAUGGAUGACACAGCACCAGCCAUUCCGUCGCGGGGUGGGGACAAGGUGGCGGUAGACGCCAUCCUUAGGCCCCUCGCGGGCAGACAGCCUCGGCUGAAGCAUCAUUUGUUGGCUGUGAGAGAAGGCAAAGUUAACAAAAGUCUACGGCCCCUGCGUUUGUUAGAAGAGAAGCACGCUCCGAAGUCGCUGCGCGGGUGGGAUGGACCAACCUGGGAGAAAGAAAAAAAAAAAAAAAAAAAAAAAAAAGCAAGAGGUUGGGGGCGGGGUGAAGCGCCUGCUCUUUAAUCUCCGGCCCCAUCCUCUACUCGCCCCACCUGGAUGCAGGGCGAGGACCGCGUAGAGAAGGAACUGUGCGGGUGGGGCUCCUCUUUCAGAUUCAGGGGAGCGGCGCUGGAUCUGGGGUCCACCUUCACCACACUACCCUCUGGGGCGCCCCGGGCGUCCGCCCCCCCGCCAAGCUCCUCCCGGCAUCUCUGCCUCCGUUAAAAUAGUGAAACAAACCGAGUAGUAAAGUGAUGGAAAGCCGCGGGCUGAGAGCCACUGGCAGUGAGGGGCUGAGGGGAGGGGGCGCGGUGGCCGGAGAUAGUGGCCAUCAGUGAGCGUUGGGUGGGUCGGAAUUGCGCUCAGCUGCAGCCGCUGAGACCCUUCCCCUCGGACGGCCCGGCCCGCCCCUGGCCCCUAGGGAGGGCUUGGGGCAAAUUUGGGGCUUCGGUAGGGGGUGAGGUGGGGAUUCCGCUUCCAUCCAUCCCGGGAUGGUGGCCAACGCCGCUGCCUAGCUAAAAUUGGGGCGGGGGUGACGACAGGGACAGCCGGGUACCGCGGUCCUCCCGACUCCCCCAGCUCGAGCCGCCGCGGCCGCUGAAGCAGCCCUGUAACACGUCCCCAGGAGACUCGCAGGAGCAACACGUGAUGUGUCUACUUAUCAGGGUUGUUCCAACUCAUUGUUCCAGAAGUGGUGGCUUUGAGGUGUGACCCUGCUCACAUUUGGGCCCAGUCCUCAUCAGCUCCGCAGUAGAACGAAGAAAACAGUGUAAAAGAGUGAUAUCAAGAGAAGAAAAAGGACUCAGAGCCAUUCCCUAUUCCAUGUGGAUGACGGCUGUAGCAAGGGACAAAAAAAAUGGAGUUCUAUAGCAGAGACUUCUUAGAGGCAUAAAACCCUGUCCCAAUGACGUCAAAUUCGCCCGUUGGUUUAGAAGGCUCAGACCUGUCUUCCAUCAAUACCAUGAUGUCAGCAGUAAUGAGUGUAUCGAAUAUCACUGAGAAUGGUGGGAGCCCCCAGGGCAUCAAGUCCCCCAUGAAGCCUCCAGGACCAAAUCGGAUUGGCAGAAGGAACCAGGAAACUAAAGAGGAGAAGUCUUCCUACAACUGUCCCCUGUGUGAGAAGGUCUGCACCACCCAACACCAGCUGACCAUGCACAUCCGACAGCACAACACAGACACUGGAGGAGCUGAUCACUCAUGCAGCAUCUGUGGAAAGUCGCUGAGCUCUGCCAGCUCCCUGGACCGUCACAUGCUGGUGCACUCUGGCGAAAGGCCUUACAAGUGUACAGUGUGUGGUCAGUCUUUCACCACCAAUGGGAACAUGCACAGACAUAUGAAGAUUCAUGAGAAGGACACCAACAGUACUACAGCUGCAGCCCCUCCAUCCCCUCUGAAGCGUAGGCGCUUGUCCUCCAAAAGGAAACUGAGUCAUGAUGCCGAGUCAGAGAGAGAAGACUCAGCACCAGCUAAAAAGAUGGUAGAAGAUGGGCAGUCGGGUGAUUUGGAGAAGAUGACCAAUGAAAUCUUUCACUGUCCAGUGUGUUUCAAAGAGUUUGUUUGCAAGUAUGGACUGGAGACCCACAUGGAGACCCAUUCAGAUAACCCAUUAAGAUGUGACAUUUGCUGUGUUACCUUCCGCACACACCGAGGGCUGCUGCGCCACAAUGCACUUGUCCACAAGCAGCUUCCCAGAGACGCCACGGGGAGACCUUUCAUCCAGAACAAUCCUUCGAUUCCCGCUGGCUUCCAUGACUUGGGAUUUACUGACUUCUCCUGUAGGAAGUUUCCUCGAAUAUCUCAGGCCUGGUGUGAAACAAACCUACGAAGGUGCAUCAGCGAGCAGCACCGGUUCGUGUGCGACACCUGCGACAAGGCGUUCCCCAUGCUGUCCUCACUCAUCCUGCACAGGCAGACCCACAUCCCUGCUGACCAGGGACGGGAGAAUCUCCAGGCCAAGACCCUGACUGAUGAUACCCUGGACCAGAAGGCCUUCCUGGCCUUGCUGGGCCUGCAGCACACCAAAGACAUCAGGCCUAUACCUGCCGAGGAGCCCCUGCUGGAUGACAACCAAGCAAUACAGCUCCAGACACUCAAGCGUCAGCUACCUCAGGACCCUGCCCGCCCCACUGUGCUGAGUCUGUCUUCUUUUGAAGCUGCUUCUCUAGGUGGUUCUCUGGCAGUCCUCCCAGCUACCAAGGAGAACAUGAAGCAUCUGUCCCUGCAGCCCUUCCAAAAGGGCUUCAUCAUCCAGCCGGACAGCAGCAUUGUAGUUAAGCCUAUUUCAGGAGAGUCGGCCAUUGAGCUGGCAGAUAUCCAACAGAUUCUAAAGAUGGCAGCUUCAGCUCCUCCACAAAUCAGUCUUCCGCCACUUUCCAAGGCUCCUGCCACCCCCCUUCAGGCAAUUUUCAAGCACAUGCCUCCUUUGAAGCCAAAGCCCUUGGUCACACCCCGGACAGUGGUAGCCACCUCUACACCCCCACCCCUCAUCAAUGCGCAGCAGGCAUCCCCUGGUUGUAUCAGCCCUAGCCUUCCUCCACAGUCCCUGAAGUUCCUCAAGGGGCCAGUCGAGGUAGCCUCUACUGCCCACCUGCUGCAGCCCAACUCUGGGGUCCAGCCAAACACCACCACACAGCUCUUCCUGCAGCAGCCUGGAGUGGAGCUGCCAGGCCAGCCAGAGAUGAAGACGCAGCUGGAACAGGACAGCAUCAUUGAGGCCCUGCUGCCCCUGAACAUGGAGGCGAAGAUCAAGCAGGAGAUAACGGAGGGUGACCUCAAGGCCAUCAUGACAGGCCCCAGUGGCAAGAAGACCCCCGCCAUGCGCAAGGUGCUCUAUCCCUGCCGUUUUUGCAACCAGGUGUUUGCUUUCUCUGGGGUUCUGCGAGCCCACGUCCGCUCCCACCUGGGCAUCUCACCCUACCAGUGCAACAUCUGUGACUACAUCGCUGCAGACAAAGCUGCUCUCAUCCGUCACCUUCGUACCCACAGCGGGGAGCGACCUUACAUCUGUAAGAUCUGCCACUACCCAUUCACAGUCAAAGCCAACUGCGAGCGGCACCUACGCAAGAAGCACCUCAAGGCCACCAGGAAGGACAUCGAAAAGAACAUAGAAUAUGUGAGCAGCAGCACAGCUGAGCUGGUGGAUGCCUUCUGCUCCCCAGAGACUGUGUGCAGGCUGUGCGGGGAAGAUCUGAAGCACUACCGUGCCCUGCGCAUUCACAUGCGCACACACUGCAGCCGGGGCCUGGGUGGCUGCCACAAAGGCCGCAAACCCUUCGAGUGCAAGGAAUGCAGUGCUGCCUUUGUGACCAAGCGCAACUGCAUCCACCACAUCCUUAAGCAGCACCUGCACGUGCCUGAGCGUGACAUCGAGAGCUACGUGCUCGCAACUGAUGGUGGCCUUGGCCUUACAGACACGCCCCCAGAGGCCUCUGCCAGGGGAGAGGAGGGCAGCUGCGUCACUUUGGGGGAAUGCAAGCCCCUCGCCACUUUCCUGGAGCCUCAAAAUGGCUUUCUUCACGUGAGCCCCUCCCAGCCCCUGCCUUCCCACAUCUCUGUCAAGUUGGAGCCAGCCAGCAGCUUUGCAGUGGACUUCAACGAACCCCUGGACUUUUCGCAGAAAGGCCUGUCACUGGUCCAAGUGAAGCAGGAAAAUAUGUCCUCCUUGCUGAACUCUUCCUCCUCUGCCCUCUAUGACUGUUCAAUGGAGCCCAUUGACCUGUCUAUCCCCAAGAGUAUAAAGAAAGGAGACAAAGACACAGUUGUACCCAAUGAUGCCAAGCAACCGGAACCGGAAGCUGGGAAAGCUGAGCAGCUCUCUCCCUGUCCACCACCCUGCCCUACCUUGUCAGUGACUGUGGAGCCCAGAGGGAGCCUGGAAAACCCUGCAGGCACUGUGGUGGCUGUCACCACAGUUGCCAAUCUGGAAUCCCCCACCCAGUCCCUCCAGGGUUCCGUGCAGCUGGCUGUCCCCAUCUAUUCCUCAGCACUCGUCAGCAAUCCUGCCCUCUUGGGCAACUCUGCCCUCCUGAACAGCCCAGCCUUGCUUAGGCCCUUACGUCCAAAGCCUCCCCUCCUCUUGCCAAAGCCCCCCAUGACAGAGGAACUGCCGCCACUGGCCUCCAUUGCCCAAAUCAUCUCGUCUGUGUCCUCGGCCCCUACUCUGCUGAAAACGAAGGUAGCUGACCCUGAGCCACCAAUCACCAGCAGUAACACUGUGGCCACAGAUAGCUUAGGAAGCUCCAUCCCCAAAGCUGCCAUCACCCCCACUGACAUCACAAGCUCUAAAGAAUCCAGCGACCCACCCCCCACGGCCAGCAGCCCAGAGGAAGCUUUGCCUACUGAGCAAGGGCCAGCUGGCUCGUCCAGGAAGAGGGGUAGGAAAAGGGCAGUGAGAAACCGGCCCCUCACCAACAGCAGUGGUGUGGACCUGGACUCCAGUGGGGAGUUUGCUAGCAUCGAGAAGAUGCUGGCCACCACAGAUACCAACAAGUUCAGUCCGUUUCUGCAGACUGCAGAGGAUGACACUCAGGAGGAGGUGGCUGGAGCCCCUGCAGACCACCAUGGGCCCAGUGAUGAGGAACAAGGCAGCCCUGCAGAAGACAGGAUGCUCAGAGCAAAGCGGAACUCAUACGCUAACUGCCUACAGAAGAUCAACUGUCCACACUGUCCCCGGGUCUUCCCUUGGGCCAGCUCCCUGCAGAGGCACAUGCUUACACACACUGGUCAGAAACCCUUCCCUUGUCAAAAAUGCGACGCCUUCUUUUCUACCAAAUCUAACUGUGAACGCCACCAGUUGCGCAAACACGGAGUUACCACCUGCUCCCUGAGAAGAAACGGGCUUAUUCCCCCAAAAGAGGGUGAUGUUGGAUCCCAUGAUAGCACAGACAGCCAGUCAGACACCGACACAUUGGCCACCCCAGGUGAGGUGCUGGAUCUCACAGCACGGGAUAAGGAGCAGCCACCAUCAGAGGGAGCCGUGGAGCUCAGCCCAGCUACACAGGACCUUACUGUUAAAGAGGCCAAAGCAGAGGCAGCAGCGCCGCCUGAGAAGGAGGACAGAGAAAGAGGGACGGAGGAGGACCCAGAGCCAGAGGAAGAGUGUGGCGUGGAAGAGAGCACCAGGGAUGCAGAUGCCCCAGAGGAAGACACAGCCAGCAACCAGAGCCUGGAUCUUGACUUUGCCAGCAAGCUGAUGGACUUCAAGCUGGCAGAGAGUGAGGCAGGCACUGUGGACAGCCAAGGCACAGCCCAGCAGGAGCAGAAGUAUAACUGUAGUACCUGUGGAAAGAGCUUCAAGUUCCUGGGCACCCUAAGUCGCCACAGGAAAGCACAUAGCUGCCAGGAGCAGAAGGAGGAGAAGGAGGCCCCUUCGCUGGAGAGUGAGAGCGCUGGCAGAGCAGGUGAGGGGCCCUCACCUUCCCCUGAGCCUGAGGAGAAGCCUGCCGAAUCCCCAGCAAUAGAUCCAACACCAGGAACCAGGGAGGCCUCAGUGGAGAAACAGAAUGAAGAAACAGAGGGUCCCUCUGAUGGGGAAGGCACAGCUGAAAAGAGCAGUGAUGGUGACAGGAGACCAAAGACAGACUCCCCCAAAAGCAUGGCCAGUAAGGCGGACAAGAGGAAGAAAGUUUGCAGCGUGUGCAACAAGCGCUUCUGGUCCCUGCAGGACCUCACUCGGCACAUGAGGUCACACACAGGAGAAAGGCCAUACAAGUGUCAGACCUGUGAGCGAACCUUCACCUUAAAGCACAGCCUAGUCCGACACCAGAGGAUCCACCAGAAAGCAAGGCACAGCAAGCACCAUGGGAAAGACAGCGAUAAGGACGAGCGGGCCGAGGAGGACAGCGAGGAUGAGUCCACCCAUAGUGCUAACAACCCUGUCUCAGAGAAUGAGGCUGAAUCCGCUCCUAGCACCAGCAACCAUGUGGCCAUCACCAGGAGCCGGAGAGAGAGCUUGGCCAAUUCUGGGAAGGAUUGUAGCCAGGAGGAGAAGGCUGCAGCGGAGCAGGCAGCUGAGCCCAGCCACAGUGCUCCCAAGGAGCAGGUGUCUCCGGGUGACACAGACCCCCAGAGCCCUGCGGCCAUUGUGCAAGACUUGCUGGAGCUGUGCGGCAAGAGGCCUGCCCCCAUCCUAGCGGCCACCGACAGUGCCUCGCAGCUCUUGGGGAUGGAGUGACAGCCUUCCCCAUCCCCGUCAGCACACCGAGAAAGCUAGCAGAGCAUCCCAAGCUUAGGUUUCACAAGGUUUUCUCAGUGUCCUUCAGCUGUCUGCAGAGAGGAAAGAGGGCAAAAGAGAGACAAGCAGGUAUGCGGCCAACCAGCUCGUGCCAUAGCCUUACCCUGUGCGCAAGCACCCGGCCCCAGUGUGGCCGGCUCCAGUGCCUUAACUACUUAUGGGUUCUCCCAUGUUAUUGUGGGUGUGCCCCCCACCCCCAAAAAAUGACAUUUUAACAAAGCAAACAUUUUAAUGAAUUUUUUCAGAGGACCUCUUCAUUUAAGCAUUAACAUUACCUUUUGUAUUGGUGUGUUUGAGCUUGUUCUUGUGAAUCUGUGAUAGUACUGUUUGUUCUGUGAGCUGGAAGCAGAAGAAGAAAACCUUUCCCUUGGAUCCCUGUAGCCAAUAACUGGAAGAAAAUGAUGUGAAUUUCAUGUACAUGACCAGAGGGAAGAGGGUGUGAGGCUGAUCUCUGAGCUAGACCUCUCCUGUCGGGUUGUCCUGGCGGAGGAGCUGUGAUCCGGCCUUUGUUGUUAGUGGUUGUGGUCAGUGCGGGGUCCCGGUGUGGUGUGGCCAAAGCCAGGAAAGAGGCUAGCUUCAACCUCAUGUUUCCACUCUCUCCGAGUUAGCAAUGGUUACUGUUCAAAUUCUUCAUUUACAGAGUGACCUCCCCAGUAUGGUGACCUAUGGAGGACGUGCCUGGAUGUCAUAUACUGAUUUUCCCCUCUCCCCAUUCGGUAUAUGUUAUUAAUAUUAUUAAUAUUAUUAUUAUUAUUAGUUCAUCAGUUUGCUGGGCUCUGUAUUCAGCAGAAACAAAUGGGCAAUAUUUGUCCUGGGAGACCUGUGCAGCUGCCUGGUCCCCGUAACAAACGUGUGCCUGAAGCUUUCGUUGGCACACCAGUGAUGGCUCUUCUACUGUACUCAGACAAGCCUUUCUUCCGUGACUGUAGAAUCCAGCAGGGGCCUGGAGUGUUCCUCCAAGCAUGGCCAAGGAGUGGCUCAGAGGGCAGAGCAAGGAUGCAGGAGGGGUGGGGAGCAGGCAUCCGAGACACCAGGCCUCACCCUGGCCACCUCAGAGCCGGCCUGCAAGGCAUCCCAGUCUUCCUGCUAAGCCGGGCCCAAGUGUCCCCCCAGCUGCGCUACUGUCCUUUGAAAAGCAAUGCGAUACUACUGCCGGUGAAGACCCAGCUGCGCCUGCAAGGUUUCGGGAGAGGGGGCGUCUUCACCUUCCCACAGGGGGGGUUGCCGCUUGGAGACAGAAGCGCGUUCAGUUCCCUAACUGGCCUAAGAGCCUGCAGCGCAGAGGCAGGGUUCCUUUCAUUCCGGAGUGUUCUCUGCAGGCAGUAGACUUCCCUGGUCGGCAGAGAAGCCUCCUACUGUAGCUGCCCUUCAGCUCAGCACCCCGCCCUUUAGCGGACGCCGGAGCCACACUGCUUCUAGAGCCCCCCCCCCCCCCCCCCCCGCGCUGGUCCCGGCCUGCACAGCCGCAGGACUCCCUCCCCCGCCCUGGGGCUCCAUUUGCUCCUCUGCUGAGGCGUGUGUACCCUCUUGUCCACCAGUUUCUAGUGGCUAAAAUCCAACCACCCUGACUUCAAUGGAAGAUAGAUGUUCUAGAGAAAAUGAAAAGUGAUAUAUUUACAUAUGAAAGAAAAUUUUGAGGUAUAUAUGUAUUAACUGUAUUAGGGAUGUAUGAACCAAUUUAAAAUUGAGAUUUUUAUUUACUGUAGAGAGAGAAAUCAGAACCAAUGACCCAUUGGUUAAAGCCAGCUCCUACAUCCCUUAGUUUUUUUUAUUAUUAUUAUUAUUACAAUUGUUAUUGUUAUUUUGUUGUUAUUAUUUGGGGUUUCUUGUGUUUUGUUUUCCUUUGCAACUCUCCACACUAAACUCAUGAUAUUGUGGGGAGAAGCCAUGACUGAACUCUGCGCGGCAGUAAGAUGUAGCAGGGAUUGGCUCCCAGCAGCGGCCAGAGCCAGGGCUGCAACUGGUGAUAAUCACUAUUGAUUUAAAGCUUUAUACAGUCUGGCCUGUUCCUUCAUAGUCAAUAAGGUCUUGCCACAUUUUAUUAGUGAGAUUGAGAGGUGUGUUAUUUGUUUGUCGUCCUCCCGCCUUCCUCCCCCAAUAUUAAACUGUGAAAUUCGUGAUUUGUUUAAACGCUGGGUGAAUCAUAGUGUAGUUUGCAUGUCCAGCUAAUUUGUUUCUAUACAUUUUGUUUGAUUCUCUUUCUCCUCAGGGCUUUUACAGAUAUAUAUAUAUAUUAUAAAUGUGUAUAUAUAUAUAUGGAUCUUCUGAAAAAAAAUUGAGGUGCAAAUUUUCUUUUUGUGUUGUUUUGUUUUUGUUGUUUUGUUUUUCUCUUUAAUGGACACAAUGCUGAGAUUCAAUCACUACAUAAAAUACCUGGCUGUGAAAACAACAAAAAAGGGCCCAUGGGGCUGUUCUCCAAGCAGCUCUAGGGAAGCUCCGUGGAGGCCGGUUUCGGACAGAUCAUCUUGCGUUCCUCUCUGUCCUCUCCUCUCCUUCUUCUAGAAGAAAGUUGAUCCUGAUGAUUUCAGCCCAUUGCAUUAAACAGGAAACAAUAAUAACUGUGUAAAAUUCAUAUUUUUCUAAAGGGAACUUAAAAAAAACUGCUGCUACGUGUCAUGUACAAAACUGGUUUAUGCCACAUGAACAGAAUCACAAGUUUGGUUUUGGUACUUUUUGUUUCUCUUUGUACUCAGUUGUAUAGAACUUCCAAAUUCAGAAUGAAAAGAAAGCUGUUCUGUAUCAAACCAUCUAAGCAAUAAAUGUUAUAUUUAAAAAACGG